CAACUCAGCCAUGUUCAGAAUAACCUCUAAACUGAAACUGUGCGGGGAAAAAAUAACUGAUAAUGAGAUGUUGGAAAAGACUUACACCACCUUUCACAAAGAUAACCUAUUUCUAAGCAAACAACAUCGUGAAAAGGGUUUCCAGAAAUGCUCUGAACUCAUAUCUUGUCUGCUUGUGGCUGAACAAAAUGAUGAGCUAUUAUUAAAAUACCACGAGUUACGACCUACUGGUUCUGCACCAUUUCCUGAAGUGAAUGCUGCAUCCCAUGAUGGAAAGACAAUAAAUAAUAAAGACCAUGCCAGUAGCAGUGGUCGAGGCCGUGGUAGAGGUCGUGGCCGUGGAAGAGGAUAUAAACCUGCUAGAGAUCGAGGUGGUUAUGGACCUAGUGGAGCUCGAGGUGGUUAUGGACCUAGUAGAGGUCGAGGUGGUUACUCCAAGAACUCCUAUUCUCACCAGAAGUGGGACAAUAAAAAUGGUAACAAACACGAGAAGGAUAAUGUGACCAAUGUGUGCUACCGUUGUGGAGGAAAUGGUCACUGGUCUCGUGUAUGUCGUACCCCAAAGCAUCUUAUUGAUCUCUACCAGCAAUCAUUGAAGCAAAAAGGAAAGAAGGUAGAGACAAAUCUUGUGUUCGAGGAUGGUGAAGGUGAUUUUGAUCAUGACAACGCAACGCACUUGGAAGUUGCUGAUUUCUUCACCAUCCCCGAAGGGAAUAAUUGAGAUUUGAGAGACAUGAACUUUGAUCUUUUAAGAAUGAAACUCUAGAAGUUUACGUUUAAUAAUCUAUUUGCAUUAUGGACUUUACUAUCAUAUAUUGACAUCAAUUAGUGACUUUAUGGACUUUGUUUGGUUUAAACUUCUCAAUAAAUUUUUUUUUAUUAUUAGUUUGUGAUUUUAUCUUAUUUUUUUAAUUUGUUUGAAGAUCAUGAGUACUCAAGCUCAAUUAGCAUUAAGAGGUGAAGAUGUAUGAUUAGCAGACAGUGCCACUACUCAUACUAUACUUAAAAGCAAGAGAUAUUUUUCUCAAUUGAUAAUGAAAAGCAUAAGUGUGAG